CAAAUCUCACCGCAGCAUCUAAACUUGGAUGGCCGAGAUUCACAGCAGUCAUAGAAUUUCAAGAUUGGUCACGUGUUCCCCUGGUCACUCACGUGACCCUUUGGCAUCGACCAAUUGGGUGGCGCUUCGUCCUGGCGAGAGCGAAAGGAAGAGGGUGGGGAUCAUUUUCCUUUUUGCGAUUUUUAAUCUUGCUACAUCAACGGCGGUCGUAGACAUCAUCCUGCCCUACAGAAAGGACACUGACCCUCGGGCUAAACUGUAACCUGAAACAUCAAGCAACUUCCAGAGUGCGUUCUGCAGCACUUAGAUGUGCUCUGCCUCCCCCCUCCCUGGUGACCCAUUGGCCGACUGCACCCUCACACCCCCACUGGCCCUCGAACUCCUUUCUGACUUGACCACACCCCUUUCCUUUCAAAUCCAGCAUGGAGCCCAUCAAAGUCCAAUCAGAAGGCGGACUGAAUGUGACCCUUACCAUUCGGCUGCUGAUGCACGGCAAGGAGGUUGGAAGUAUCAUAGGGAAGAAAGGGGAGACGGUGAAGAAAAUGCGUGAGGACAGUGGAGCUCGCAUCAACAUCUCAGAAGGCAACUGCCCCGAACGGAUAGUCACCAUCACUGGGCCAACAGAUGCCAUCUUCAAGGCCUUCGCAAUGAUAGCCUACAAGUUUGAGGAGGAUAUCAUCAACUCUAUGAGCAACAGUCCUGCCACCAGCAAACCCCCAGUGACCCUAAGGCUUGUGGUCCCGGCCAGCCAGUGUGGCUCACUCAUUGGCAAAGGGGGCUCCAAAAUCAAAGAGAUGAGAGAGUCCACAGGCGCUCAGGUCCAGGUGGCGGGUGACAUGCUCCCCAACUCAACAGAGAGGGCGGUGACCAUUUCCGGAGCGCCGGAGGCCAUCAUACAAUGUGUCAAACAGAUAUGUGUGGUGAUGCUGGAGUCCCCACCGAAAGGUGCCACAAUCCCUUACCGCCCCAAGCCUGCCUCCACCCCUGUCAUUUUUUCAGGUGGCCAGGUAAGAGCAGACCCACUGGGGGCGUCCACUGCCAACCUCAGCCUCUUACUGCAGCACCAGCCACUGCCUGCUUAUACCAUCCAAGGACAGUAUGCCAUCCCACAUCCAGAUCAGUUGAGCAAGCUCCACCAGUUGGCUAUGCAGCAAACCCCCUUUACCCCCCUCGGACAGACCACCCCUGCCUUUCCUGCAGCAGGUCUGGAUGCCAGUAACCAGGCCAGUACUCAUGAACUCACCAUUCCCAAUGAUCUAAUAGGCUGCAUAAUUGGACGCCAGGGAACCAAAAUCAACGAGAUCCGUCAGAUGUCUGGGGCACAGAUCAAAAUUGCUAACGCCAUGGAAGGGUCAUCGGAGCGCCAGAUCACCAUCACAGGGACCCCCGCCAACAUAAGCCUGGCCCAGUACCUCAUCAAUGCAAGGUUCCGAGACGUGGCGGCCAUGUGGAACGACCCAUCCUCCAUGACCACAUCCUGAGCUCCCUGUCUGGCUCUCCUAUCUGACCCUUUCCAACAACUGACGACGCCCUCCGGACUCUGGCUGUAGCUCUCCGAAAACCCUGAGCCUCGGCCGCCCUGGUCCUCCACACACCAGCGAGGCCCGAGAGCUCACUUUUAUUUCAGAGAGCCUAUUCAAAAAAGUCUCUAUUGAUUACAUUUUUGUUUUUGUUUUAGAGAACUGUUGAAGCAUGUUGAAUGUUUAUUAGCAACAACUUGUGUUAUUCUUUGCUUUCUGUUCAUCUAUUCUUUUUUUCUCUCUGUCAGUACUGCGUCAUAGAACAUUUAAGAAGUAAAAGAUUGAACAUUUUGUAGAAGUAGUUCUUUGCAUUUAUUACAGCUCAGUGAUGCGAUCGGCAGAGUGUGGUGGGAUGUAGCCAAAAAAUUUGUUUUAUAAUAUAUCUUAGAAAAACGGAGCCUUUAGAAAACAAUAUUGGACUAUUCCACUUCUGUCCUAAUUUGCAUCUUUGUCAAAUUACAUCACAUGACCCUUUUUAGCCAAUGGUAUCACUCCUAGAGCCUCCCAUUUUGUGUUUAUGGCCUAUAUUUAUGUAUAUUAUUGCUUAUAUUGCAUGUGUUAAGUGUUGUAUUGUUGUGUAUUUGAGCAGAACCUGUUCAGUGGACCUUGCAAUGUUAUAGCUUUGUGCUCCUGCUCUUUUCCGCUCAUGUUUCUAGCUUUUUUUUUUCUGGCCAUUCACUUGGAGUCCUACACCCUGCCCAGACCUAUAGCCUCCUUCUACGACUAGUAUAUACAUGCAUGAAAAGAAAUUAGACAAAACUCAGUGGCUACAACACUGAUUGGAAAUUUAAAUGAUUGUUUAUGAUUAUAUUGUAUUAUUAUUAUUAUUAUUUUUUUUGUACAAGGACUAUUUGUCAACUACGCGGCGCUCAUGCAAUAGAUGAUUCAACAUGUUUGCUCUGGACUGUCUCUGAUGUGCGAUGGGUUAGUUGGCCUCAGGCUCUGUCCAAAACCUUUUGGCUUCUUUCCUUUGUUGUGUUGUGGGAGGGAUAAGCAAAAGUGCUUGGACCAAGCCAUAAGGUGUUUGUUUGAGGCCAAAGAAUGUUCGGGGGUUUGUCGGGUGGUGGGGAGGGGGGGGGGGAGUGGCUCACAGGGGGUUGGGCGGGCAUGACCACUCAGUCUCUUUUCACGAUUGUUUAUUUGUCUCAUGUCUCUUUCAUCGUUUAUUCGACGCUUUAGGUUUGAAUGUCUUUUUAUGGUCACAAUUUGUGUCUGCAAUUUUAAAAAAAUCAUCAGUAAACUCAAGCUAAUGAGAGGCACUUAAGGAUGCUAUUUGGUCAACAAAGCUCAAACUCUGCAAGAAGCUCAAUUCUGUGUUGAUGUACACAACAGCUGUUGAAUGUUACUGUCCAAGUCACAUGAUCCACUGUAUGUCCAACACGGCAGCCGAUGCUAAUAUGCGAUUUUUAUUUUUGCAGCAUGCUAAGUCUUUGACUUAAACAUGGACCAAAGGCUGUGAGGAUACAUUGCCAGUAGUCAUUCUGCAAUAAUCUUACAGUUUGAUGUGAUAGUUGAGCUGAGCAAUGUAACAAUAGCUUUGAGUUUUUAUUAUUUGGGCUGAAUAGAAUGUCAAAGGACUAGCUGUCAUUCUUUGUAAAGUGUCAGAGAUAUGCACAAACGACUGGAGAGCAUUCUUUUUUCUUUCUUUCUUUCUUUUAAUUAUGGUGGUUCUGUUUGCAUUUAGACACAGUCUGUCUUGCUGGCAAAGCAGGACGAUUGAGCUGGAGUGGUGGCAGUGUGAUUUCCAUAACAUCAAUAUUCAUGUACAAUUAUGUGUUUGGAAAAUUGUAUUUACUUACAUCUGUGUGUGUAUGACUGAAGCAAACUGCAACUAAUGCAAUAAUAGGGUGCAAUGUGCAAUUAAUUAUUCUGUUCCUUUUCCCCUUUGUAGACAGGAGAGCUAUGUAGCUUGUUGCAAAAUGUUUUUUUAAUUAUUUAAAGUUAUUUUCCAUGUGGCAGGAUGUGUUAAAAAAAGAUUUUUAUUUUUCAGCUUCAGUUUAUGUGUAUUACAGUUUGGAGAAAAAAAAGUGAUCAAAGGUUGUAAUUAUUUUUGAUUUAUUUGGUCCGUGAAGAUCUAUAUUAGUUGUGAGUACUAUGUUUAAUUUUAAAGUGUUGGUCAAUACAAAAACAAAUAAAGUUUCAGUUUUUCUUUCUGUGA